AUGUCUUCCUUGAACGACCUUCUUAAAAUCGCAAACCCAGUUCGCGCGUUUGCGUUGAAGAAUUUCAGCGUUACUGCCCAUCCUGACGAGGUGCUCCAAAUCCCGUCGCGAGAACAAGGGCGAUUCAUUCGAAUUCAUGCCUACAACACGCUCCACAGGAGUACCCCGGCCCCAGUUCUCGUCAAUUUCCAUGGUAGCGGGUUCGUGAACCCUUUACAUGGGAGUGACGACGAGUUCUGCAAAUUCAUUCUUGAGAAAACUGGAUUUGCGGUUCUGGACUGCUCCUAUCGACUCGCACCGGAGAAUAGAUUCCCUGCUGCAGUCCACGACGCCGAAGAUGCGGUACAAUGGGUCCUUUCGCAUCCGGAGAAGUUCGAUGCUUCCCAGCUAUCGAUUUCUGGCUUUAGUGCUGGAGGGAUCUUGUCUCUGGUUCUUAGCUCGGUGGUCUUUCCACAAGGAACAUUCAAGAAUGUCUUCGCCGCAUAUCCUCCAACAGAUAUGGUCCAAAGUUCCGCAGAGAAGAUUGCCCCCGAUACGUCGAGGGAUGGUGCCCCUGUCGAGCUGCUGGAUACAUUCAUGAAAUGCUACUAUUCAACCCCCGAAGAAGUGAGGAGCGUCCUGUCCUCACCAGCCUUUAUACCGGCUGAAAAGUUCUCGGAUAGAAUUUUUCUCGCUACUGCGGCUUGCGAUCGCCUCUGCCUCGAAGGUGAGGCGCUUGGAAAUAAGAUCAAGAAUGCGACGAGCAAACAUGUCGAGAUGCACCGGUACGAUGGUUGUGAACACGCAUUCGACAAAGCGUACGAGAAAGGCUCUGUUCAGGAAAGAGCGAAAGAUGACCUCUACGAAAGAAUGGCCUCAUUCCUAAUGGAGUGA